UAGUUCAUAUCAAUAUAUCAUACUAACUCAAGCCUCCCUCUAGCAAGUAGCAACACAAUCCAAUCCAUUGUCAUCGCAGUCGCAGAAUGAUGAGAGUGUGGCCGCCGGCGACGACGAGCAUGCUGUCCAGGCAAGCCAUUGUCGUCGUCGUCGUCUUCCUCGUUCUGUUCUUCGUCGGCGGCGGCAGCAGCAGAUGCGAAGCCGAGACGUUGGAGACGGCGUCUCUCCAUGUGGAUUACUCUGUCGCUCGAAGAAUGCCGGACACUUUGUUCGGCCUCUUCUUCGAGGAGAUUAACCACGCUGGAAGUGGUGGCCUUUGGGCUGAACUCGUCAGUAACAGAGGUUUUGAAGCUGGAGCCAACACAUCAAACAUUGACCCAUGGUCCAUCAUUGGAGAUGAAUCCUCUGUUCACGUGACAACUGAUCGCUCAUCCUGUUUCAGUCAAAAUCCUGUUGCUGUAAGGAUAGAGGUUGUCUGUGACGAUUGUCCAGCCGGUGGUGUUGGAAUUUACAAUCCAGGAUUUUGGGGCAUGAAUGUAGAAGAAGGAAAGGCAUAUAAUCUGGUCAUGCAUAUCAGAUCAUUAGAAUCGGUGGAGUUGACAGCUUCACUCACAUGCUCAAAUGGAUCGCAAAAUCUUGCAUCAAAUUCUGUUCGAGAAACUAAUUUGUCAACUUGGACAAAGAUAGAGCUACAGUUACUAGCUCAAGGGACAUGCAGAACUUCAAGACUUGAACUAACAACUAGGAAAAGGGGAGUAAUAUGGCUUGAUCAGGUGUCACUUAUGCCUUCAGAAACAUACAAGGGCCAUGGUUUUCGCAAGGAACUCAUGUACAUGCUUUUGGACUUAAAACCACGGUUUCUACGGUUUCCUGGGGGUUGCUUUGUCGAAGGCAAUUGGUUAAAAAAUGCAUUCAGGUGGAAGGAAACUAUUGGUCCAUGGGAAGAGAGACCUGGACACUAUGGAGAUGUCUGGCACUACUGGACGGAUGAUGGCCUUGGGUAUUAUGAGUUACUCGAGCUUGCUGAAGACUUGGGUGCUAACCCUGUAUGGGUGCUCAACAUUGGGAUGAGUCACCAUGAUGCAGUUAAUGGAACUAUGCUCGCACCUUUUAUAAAGGAUGCAACUGACAGUCUUGAGUUUGCAAAGGGGAGUGACAAAUCAACAUGGGGCUCUGUUAGAGCCACGAUGGGGCACCCUGAACCAUUCCCACUGAAGUAUGUUGCACUAGGGAAUGAAGAUUGUGCUCCAUUCAAGCUGAUAUACCGAGAAAAUUAUCCCAAGUUCUACAACGCCAUAAAAGAGGCUUAUCCUGACAUCCAAAUAAUUUCAAACUGUGAUGGCUCGUCUGGGCCACUUGAUCAUCCUGCCGAUCUCUAUGACUACCAUAUAUAUGAAAAUGCAUCCACUGUGUUUUUCAAGAAGAAUGAAUUUGAUAGGACAUCACGUAAUGGUCCAAAGGUAUUUGUAAGUGAGUAUGCUGUUAAUGGUGAGGAUGCUGGCAAUGGAAGCCUUCUUGCAUCAUUGGCAGAAGCUGCUUUCCUAAUUGGUUUAGAGAAAAAUAGUGAUGUCGUUCAGAUGGCAUGUUAUGCACCACUCUUCGUGAAUGACAACGAUCGCGUCUGGAACCCAGAUGCGAUUGUCUUCAACUCCUGGCAACAGUAUGGAACUCCUAGUUAUUGGAUGCAGACAUAUUUCCGUGAAUCAAGCGGUGCUAUGAUUCAUCCAAUUAUGAUCAGUUCCAGCUACUCUGAUUUAUUGGCUGCCUCUGCAAUCACCUGGCAAGACGCUGAGAAUACCUUUCUGAGAGUGAAGAUAGUAAACUUCGGGCCAAAUGCUGUGAACCUCACAAUAUCUUCAAGUGGACUUCAAGCUGGUGUAGAUACGGCAAAAUCAACUGUGACUGUUCUCACAUCCAGCAACUUGCUGGAUGAAAAUUCAUUUAGUGAACCAAACAAGGUCGUGCCAGUUGCCAGCGAGUUGCCGAAUGCAGCAGAACAGAUGUAUGAUUACCUUCUUUUGCAAUUUGGACCGGGUUUUAAGACUUCGGGCCACCACGCUGGCUUGAUCUGAGCCUAGUGAACUCAGUUCAGGGAAGAGAAAUUAUCGACGGAAACUAGCGCAUGGGAGAGGAAGAUAGUGCCGUGGAGGCGCGGAGGCGGAUUUUCUCAACGCCUCGGUCUCCACCCUCACCACUGGUGGCUCCUGCGCCUGCGGAGCGGCACGAUGCGGCGGCGGCGUGGCACGACGCGGCGGCCGUGUGCACGUCUCUGGCUCUGGCGAGGCAUGGCGCAACGGCCGCGCGUGCUCUUCUUCGGCUCCGGCGCGGCAGGGCGGCGGCAUGCAUGCUCUUCUCCUGCUCGACCGCGGUGCCGGCAACGGGGGUGCACGCACUGCUCCUUCAGCUCACGGCAGAAUGGAGGCCAAAAGCCUCACCAAGUUAGAGUAGGAUUUAUUAGCUCUGUGUACUGUAGAUAAGUACCACUAAAGAGAAGGCACUGGGAAGGGAAAUUAUCAGAAAUGCCAUGUUGUGCCGAUAAUUCAUUGUACCUCACCAUCAGGUACAUGUACAUAUGGAACUUGGAACCUCUCUGCUUGUUUUUAGUGGCAAAAUGGACAGCUCCAUCUUACUUGCACA